CGGAAACUAGUGACCCACUGUAAUGGCUGGCUGUUGUUGCUGAUCAGACAAAACAUGUACUGACUUCUAAUCGCUUCCUAACUGCAGAUUUGUCUAUAUUAUUGAACUGGAAAGAUCACUAGCAGACAUUCGUUAUGGCUCAGAGCUUUCUAAUGGAGGUGUGCGUGGACUCCGUGGAGUCUGCUGUCAAUGCAGAACGUGGAGGUGCAGGUCGUCUUGAACUGUGUUCAAGUCUUCUGGAGGGUGGACUCACUCCCAGUCUAGGACUGCUGCAGGUUGUCAAGCAGUACAUCAAAAUCCCAGUUUAUGUGAUGAUACGGCCUCGUGGGGGUGACUUCCUCUACUCAGACCAGGAAAUGGAGGUGAUGAGGAAGGAUAUAGAGCUAAUGAAAAGCCAAGGAGCCGAUGGGCUAGUGCUGGGAGCCCUGACAGAGGAUGGACGGGUGGAUUCAGAGCUCUGCAUGGAGUUACUCGCUGUUGCUCGUCCUCUGCCUGUCACCUUCCACCGAGCUUUUGACAUGGUUCAUGACCCAGCAGUUGCUCUGGAGGCGCUUAUAUCACUAGGGUUCCAGCGUGUGUUAACAAGUGGCUGUGAUAGCUCUGCUUUGGAGGGCCUUCCUCUUAUUAAACGGCUCAUUGAUCAAGCUAAAGGGAGAAUUAUUGUAAUGCCAGGAGGGGGUAUCACAGAAAGGAACCUGCAGAGAAUACUAGAGGGGUCAGGGGCUCAAGAGUUUCACUGUUCGGCGCGCUCGGGCAGAGACUCUGCAAUGAAGUUCAGGAACAGCUUUGUGGCAAUGGGAGCUGCUUUCUCAGCAUCAGAGUAUAGCCUGAAGGUGGCAGAUGUGAGCAAAGUUCGGACCCUGAACGCAAUAGCUAAAAAUACCUUGUGAUGGAGUACUUGAUGGUUAUGACAUGCAAGAAAAACUACAUACCUCAUGAGUAAUUACUAAUAACUACAUUGAUGUGUAGUCAUCAUUUAUUUUCCUACUGAUUGCCACAGAUUUGUUUUUUCUUUUAAGGACAAAAAAAACUAAUCAAACAGUCUUUGUUUUUGGAGCUCAGGGAGAAUACUGCCGUCUGUCAAAGGAUCUCACUCAGCAGGCAGCUGUGAAUCAUUCACAAAUGAUUGUGUGUCUCUGAGGUGCAGCGCGCAACUUCUGAACCAAACACACAACAAAGCAGAGCACACAUUGACCAUCAAACAGUUAAUACAGCAUUUAAAAAUCAUUUCAGCUUCUCAGAAAACAACAAAUCACAGCAACAAUUAAAGAAAUGGACAAAACAUCAAAUAUAAUUUCAAGAUUUUGGUGUUUCUACGUUUAUGUGUUUUUUUUUUUUUUUUUUUUUUUUGGGGUACUUUGAACCUAAAUCUGUUUUCCCGGUUGUGUAAUUUGUACAUUUAUAAGGCAUGAAAGUGUGUUGUAGAGAUCUGUACGUGUUUACAAGAAUCUGAUUUUCACAGGGUUGAGGAGAGGACUUCUCAGUUCCUCAUGUUUUAUUUCUAAUUAGUUUUCAUGCUAAAUCAAGGUGCAUUUGCAGUUUUCUAAGUGUGUGUAUAGAUACAACAAUGCAACUCUCAGAUAUUAUUUUUUAAAUUAUUAUAGAUUUAGAAGUAAUUUAUUUCCCCAAGCUUGUAGGUUUCAUUUGCAUGCCUGCCAUUCACAAAUCUUAAUGCACACUGAACAGGGUACACCUUCACACAUUUGUAGAUUAUAUUCCUACUGUUGACUCCUCAUCCCAUUUCCCAGUCUGCAAUACCUUCCCAUAACUCUUCACCUCCUGUUAUUGACCUUCCCAUCAGAGAUGUGAGCAGAGGAGGUAAUUCAGACAACGUACAUCUUUGCUUCUGAGCUGUCCUUUCAAUCUGUCGUCAGGCAAACAUGAGAUGACCAGUAGCAUCGUAUAACAGCAGCCUUUCAGUAUUUCUGCCAGAUGAUUAUUAAAGGUGUUUGUGCCUAUGUAUACAUUUACUAUUAAUUCUACUUACAUUGUGUAUUUACACAUCACCCUCCCUUUAGAUGUUGGAGAAAACAAAAGAGUCUUACAAAGUAUACACUAUUACACCACACACACACAUACACACCCACACUCAAGACUGCUAAACUGAAAAUUCAGUAAAUAAAGGAAAACUAGAGAACUGCUAUUAGAAAAGCAUCUUACCAGUUGCUGUAGAUGUCAUCUGCGUUUAUUUACUAAAAUCACUAUUACAGUGGAAGAUGAUGUAAAGUUGUGACCUCUUCCUUUUUUUUUUUUUUUUUUUGUAAGGACAGAAACUGAUUUUAUUCACUUUGCUCAUAAUUUAAAAAUCAGUAAUUACUUUGUUUAAAAAGAUAAACCACAAAAAUGCAAAAUCAUGCUUCAUAUACAGAUUAAAUUAAAGCAUUGAAAUUGAAGAUGAUUAAAGCUGAAAUGAUGUUGAAGUGUUGGGUAUUUGUGCCACUAUCUUGGUGUUAAAUUAAAUCUAAGCAGUUUGAGUUGAUUUCUUCUCUCAUCAGCAAAACUCAUCGUGCAAACAGCACUUUGUUAGCAUUAAUGCAAAGGUCAGUGGACUGACUGACAUGAUAGAAACCAAAAUAGUAUAUUUUAAAGCUCAACACAGUGCAAGAAGUCCCCUAGCAAAGUGAAACUAUUUGCAUGUCGUAUGUCUGUACUUUAAGAGAAAGCAUGCAGGUGGCCCCACAAACUGAGUUAUUGGAGCCUCGCCAUGCAGCAUCAUGGCAGCAAACUCCGUAAUCCAGUGGAGGAAGAUUAGUUAAUCACCAUGGUGACUCGGGACAAACUAAGAACCCUCCCACCACCGAAGCUUUGACUUGAGUAAAGUUGAGAUUUUUAAGCAAAGUCAUCCAGGUACACAAGAAGCCUUAAACAUUUUUCCUGGACAAAUGUUAUAGUUUUAUAGUACAACACAGUGUGAUGUGAAGCCUUCUUCGUGUCUGUUUGGAGACCAAAAAGAAGCUGUAAUGUGGGCUCUAGUUUCUUCCAUGAGAAAUGUUUUAUAUUUGCAAAGUUACAAAACAAUAACUUAUCAAGCUUGUGAGUUUUCCCUUCAUCUGAACCAAUUUGAACUGUUAUGUGUAUCUCUAAUUUCCAUUUUAUCUUCUAGUUUGUUUGUUUUGUUUUUGACAUUUUGUUUUAAA